CAUGGUUCCAAGGGAUUAGAACUUGGAAACGCCCUCCAUGAAUGCUCUCUUGCAGGCGGCGAUCAUCUACUCCACGGAGAACGGCAAAUGCCUUAUGGAUUACAGUAUUUACUCUUUUCUUGAUGAAUUCUGUUGGAUUUUCAAUGUCAUGCAAACGACGUCGUUUUGAUGUGCUCCCUCAAGUUUCAUCUCUUCUUCUUCUUGAAGCCCCAAGCGAUGACAACGCACAUUCAGCCAUUUCAGGAAUCAGCCUGUUCUGCCCUCUCCGACUGCCGUCUCGCCGCCGCCUCCUCUUUCCAUUCGACGUCGCCGCCUCUGUCCUCCUCCCCCUCUCCAUCGGACGCCACCGCCGCUGCCCUGCCAAUUCUGUUUCUUCACAAAUGAUGAAACUUACGUGAUAGCCCAAGUCCAGCCAAGAUUUUUCCAUUACCAAGUGUGAGAUGGUUUUUGUAUCUU